CGUAAAUUGGCUGGUAGGGGAAAGAACCCCUGCGCGUGUGUCAUGUGGUUCAGAGGCUGCGCUCCGAAUUACAGUCCGGCUAGGAAACACACACAACAAUGGCUGAGAAGAUAAACGAGGGAGAAGCCUUUGUGAUGGACUUGGCAGAACAAGUCAAGAAACAGAGAUGGUGGAAUAAAGUGUUUGGCAACAAUUCUGGGCCAGCCGCCGAGAAGUAUUCGGUAGCAACGCAGCUCGCUAUCGGUGGAGUGACUGGCUGGUGUGCAGGGUAUUUGUUUCAAAAAGUCGGGAAACUGGCUGCAUCGGCAGUAGGUGGCGGCUUCUUUCUGCUUCAGAUCGCUAAUCACACAGGCUACAUUAAAAUUGAUUGGAAGAGGGUUGAACGGGAUGUGAACAAGGCCAAGAAGCAGCUGAAGCUAAAUACUGAGAGGCCACCUAAAGAAGUGAGGACAAAAGUGGAUGAGGUGCAGACAUUCGUGAAGAAGAAUAUUGUGCUGACGGGGGGCUUUGCUGGAGGAUUCCUGCUGGGUCUGGCAUCAUAAGCAGCUUCUCCUUCAUUUUCUGUGUAUUCUCAACAUAAGCAUAAAAAAGAUGUCAGCUUUACCGCAUGUAACAGGUUUUGGCAUUUAAAUGACUUGUACUGCAGCUUGAACUGAAUACUCGUUACACUAAGUAUUUAUAUACUGUAGCUCUUUAACUACAUCUUUCUUAAUAAGCACAGCCAACAGUGCGAAAAGCUUAUUUUGUGGCUUUUAUUUUUUGGCAUGUACAUGGUUUUCGCAUUUUAGUUUCCCGUUAAUUUUGUUACAUUUUAUUUGAUCCAUUUUGGAAUAUAUUUUGUCUUAUGAGUAACUCAUACACAGUUUAAGUAUGUAUGUCUAAAGAUCUUUACAGUAUGUGUAUGGCACCCUUUAAACUCUGUGUGUGAAAACUGGCAAAAUGUUUUAUGGCUUCAAUAAAUGGUCAGAAAAAUUUCCCCUCAUGCUAAAGUGCAGCAACUUAUGGAACUCGUUAGCUUCGAAGAGAGAGGGGCCCCUAAAUAAGAUUCCACCAAAAGUUGUAUUUUCUUAAAAUAAAAGUAAAACUGAAGUAAGUCA